AUGUCUCCCUCAUGGCGGGACUCUUGGCCACCCACUCUGGUGCGCCUCGCCCCAACGACCCCAAAGGAGUAUCCCUCGCUCGACGAUAUCGAUGAGGACCCGCUCACCUAUUUCUUGACGCCCGCACCCGAUCUCGAGGAUGAGGACGAAGACGCCAAUAUGAUGGAUUUUGACGCCGGGAUCGAAGACAACAGCCCGCGCGAGAUCGUACGCAGCGUGAGUCCGUCGGCCUUGGAUGGUCUGAACAAGGCCAAGGGCGGCCGCAAAUCACCCCCGGUACCCGAUCUCUCCGACCUUGCCACACCUGAUACGGAUGAGGAAGAGGAGGACUACAUUCGCUUUGCACCACAGGGCUUCAUGGUUCCAUUCAGUCUGCGCGACUUAACCGUCGACGGCGUUAAGUCCAAAGUACGAUCCAAACCCUCGGGGGCGCUUCUGUCGCCUUCGUCAUUCCCGGCAGGCCGGGGCAAGGCUCCUGUGCGGUCCGGGGGGCGAGGUCGUCAACGGAGCGUCUCGUUCCGCCAUCAACGGCCGCAGCACGUUUGGCGUGAGCCCAGCCCGGACGUAUGGUCAAUCGAGGAGGAGACGGAGGAGGAGCUCGUGAGCGAAAUGGGCAGCAGCAUCGGCGCCAUGAGUGACGUCGGGGACGCAGAGGAUGUGGCGGAGACGCGCAUGAACGAAGACGUAGAGGCUGCGAAGCCAAAGAAGAGAGUUCGAUUCUUGUUGCCGGCGAUGGAGUGA